CACAAACGGAGGGAGAGAGAGAGAGAGGGAGGGCGACUAGGAGAACUGCUGUGCGCGGAUCAGCGAAGAAAACAGAGGCUCCGGGGAGUGAGCGGCUUCAGGGCAGCGGGUACGGGGGAAAGGACCCAAUCAUGGACACGAAAGAUAAGGACGCCAUGACCAAAUAUACUCAAAACGGGGACUUAAGUGACAAGAAUGAUGAGAAGGAGGAUAAGAAACAUAAAAAGAAAGGGAAAAAGGAAAAAGAACCGAAGCUGCCGAUGGUCGGCCCUAUUUCGCUGUUCCGCUUCGCAGACGGCUGGGACAGGUUCCUGAUCGUCCUGGGGACAGUGAUGGCCAUGGCCAACGGGACAGUGCUGCCACUCAUGUGCAUUGUGUUUGGGGACAUGACGGACAGCUUUAUCAGUGACUCUGUGCAGUCACAGAACCUCACCAAUGUCUCCUUCCCAACCUCCAAUCGGACUCUGGGCGAUGACAUGACGACCUAUGCCAUCUACUACUCCAUCAUGGGGGCUGUGGUGCUGGUGGCUGCCUACAUGCAGGUGGCCUUCUGGACCCUGGCUGCAGGCCGGCAGGUCAAGCGCCUCCGGAAGCUGUUCUUCCACCGCAUCCUGCAGCAGGAGAUCGGCUGGUUCGACGUCAACGAGACCACAGAGCUCAACACGCGGCUCACAGAUGACAUCUAUAAAAUCAACGAGGGGAUAGGAGACAAGGUGGGGAUGUUGCUGCAGUCCUUCACCAGCUUCUUCACAGCCUUCAUCAUCGGCUUCGCCAAGGGCUGGAAGCUCACCCUGGUCAUCCUGGCUGUCAGUCCUGCUCUGGGCAUCUCCGCUGGGCUCUUCAGCAAGGUGUUGACAACCUUCACGUCGAAGGAACAGUCUGCCUAUGCCAAGGCCGGGGCAGUGGCUGAGGAGGUGCUGUCGGCUGUUAGGACGGUCUUCGCUUUUAACGGACAACAAAGAGAGAUUAAGAGGUAUCAUAAGAACUUGGAGGAUGCUAAGAACAUGGGGAUCAAGAAGGCCAUCUCAGCCAACAUCGCCAUGGGCUUCACCUUCCUGAUGAUCUACCUGUCUUACGCUCUGGCCUUCUGGUACGGCAGCACCCUGAUCCUCAGCGGGGAGUACAGCAUCGGCUCCGUGCUCACGGUCUUCUUCUCUGUGCUGAUUGGAGCGUUUGCCCUGGGACAGACGUCUCCUAACAUCCAGUCCUUCGCCAGCGCCAGAGGAGCCGCCCACAAGGUCUACAACAUCAUAGACAACAACCCUAAAAUCGACAGUUACUCAAACGAUGGCUUCAAACCUGACUCCAUCAAGGGAAACAUUGAGUUCAAGGACAUCCACUUCACCUACCCCUCACGGCCAGACGCCAAGGUCCUGAACGGGAUGUCUCUGAGCGUGCGGAGUGGCCAGACCAUCGCCCUGGUGGGCAGCAGCGGCUGUGGGAAGAGCACCACCGUCCAGCUGCUGCAGAGGUUCUACGACCCUCAGGAAGGAUCGGUGAGCAUAGACGGGCAUGACGUGCGCUCCCUGAACGUGCGCUGCCUGAGGGAGAUGAUCGGCGUGGUGAGUCAGGAGCCUGUCCUGUUCGCCACCACCAUCGCUGAGAACAUCCGCUACGGCAGGCCUGACGUCACCCAGAAGCAGCUGGAGCAGGCCUCGCGAGAGGCCAACGCCUACGACUUCAUCAUGAAGCUUCCUGACCAGUUUGAGACGCUGGUUGGGGAUCGAGGCACUCAGAUGAGCGGAGGCCAGAAGCAGAGGAUCGCCAUCGCCCGCGCCCUCGUCCGGAACCCCAAGAUCCUGCUGCUGGACGAGGCCACCUCAGCCCUGGACGCAGAGAGUGAGACCGUGGUGCAAGCUGCCCUCGACAAGGUCAGACUAGGUCGCACCACCAUAGUAGUGGCCCACCGUCUCUCCACCAUCCGCAACGCUGACAUCAUCGCUAGCUUCCAGAAUGGAGACAUCGUGGAGCAAGGCACCCACAGCGAGCUGAUGAAGAUGCAAGGAGUCUACCACACACUGGUCACCAUGCAGACCUUCCGGAAUGCAGAGGACAGUGUGGAGGUUGAAGCUGAGCCUGUCCUGGAUGAGAAGAGUCCGUCUGCCUCGUCGCUAACGGACACCACCCUUUACCGGAGGAAGUCCACCAAGGGCUCCUCCUUCGUUGGCUCGGAGAAGGAGAAGGAGAAGGAGGGGGAGACCAAUGCUGAGGAGGAGGAUGAGAAGGUCCCUCCUGUGUCGUUCUUCCAAGUGCUCCGUCUCAACCUUCCUGAGUGGCCUUACAUUGUGGUGGGCGUGAUCUGUGCAACCAUCAACGGAGCCAUGCAGCCCCUGUUUGCUGUCAUCUUCUCUAAGAUCAUUGCUGUGUUUGCAGAGACGAACCAGGACAUCGUGAGAGAGCGCUCUUCAUUCUUUUCCCUCAUGUUUGCUGCCAUCGGAGCUGUUUCCUUCGUCACCAUGUUCCUGCAGGGUUACUGCUUCGGGAAAGCCGGUGAGAUUCUGACCAUGAAGCUGAGACUGCAAGCCUUUAAAGCCAUGAUGAGACAGGACAUGGGCUGGUUUGACCACCACAAGAACAGCGUGGGGGCCCUCACCACCAGACUGGCCACAGACGCAGCCCAAGUGCAGGGAGCCACAGGGGUGCGCAUGGCAACGCUGGCUCAGAAUGUGGCUAACCUGGGGACCAGCAUCAUCAUCUCCUUCGUGUAUGGCUGGGAGCUGACCCUGCUCAUUCUGGGCGUGGUGCCUGUGAUGGCGGUGGCCGGGGCCAUCCAGAUGCAGCUGCUCUCCGGCCACGCUGUCGAAGACAAGAAGGAGCUGGAGCAGGCUGGGAAGAUUGCCACCGAGGCGAUAGAGAAUAUCCGGACAGUGGCGUCUCUCACCAGAGAGGGCAAGUUUGAGUCCCUUUACCAGAAGAACCUGGUGGUGCCUUACAAAAACUCCCAGAAGAAGGCUCAUGUUUAUGGGUUGACCUUCUCCUUCUCCCAGGCCAUGAUCUACUUUGCCUACGCCGGAUGCUUCCGCUUCGGAGCGUGGCUCAUCGAGGUCAACAGGAUGGACUUUGAAUCGGUCUUCCUGGUGGUUUCAGCUGUGCUCUAUGGGGCCAUGGCUGUGGGAGAGGCUAACUCCUUCACUCCUAACUACGCCAAGGCCAAGGUCUCUGCCUCUCACCUCAUGAUGCUGGUGAACAGGAAGCCUGCCAUCGACAACACCUCCGAAGACGGAGACACACCGGAGACAUUUGAAGGUAACGUGCGUUUCCAGGGUGUUCAGUUUAACUACCCGUCCCGUCCGGAGGUGCCCAUCCUGCAGGGCCUGGACCUGAAGGUGAGCAAGGGGCAGACCCUGGCGCUGGUGGGCAGCAGCGGCUGUGGGAAGAGCACCACCAUCCAGCUGCUGGAGAGGUUCUACGACCCCCUGCAGGGGACAGUGAUGCUGGAUAAGGUUGACGUACAGAAGCUGAACAUCCAGUGGCUGCGAGCCCAGAUAGGCAUCGUGUCUCAGGAGCCGGUGCUGUUUGACUGCAGCCUGGCGGAGAACAUCGCCUAUGGGGACAAUAGUCGCAAGGUGACCCUGGAGGAGAUCCAGAGUGCUGCCAAGGAAGCCAACAUCCACAGCUUCAUAGAGACCCUGCCUCAGAAGUAUGACACGCAGGCAGGGGACAAGGGCACCCAGCUGUCAGGAGGGCAGAAGCAGCGUGUCGCCAUCGCCAGAGCUCUCCUCCGCAACCCCCGACUGCUGCUGCUGGACGAGGCCACGUCCGCCCUGGACACUGAGAGCGAGAGGGUGGUGCAGGAAGCUCUGGACCAGGCGAGGCAGGGCAGGACUUGCAUCGUGGUGGCUCAUCGCCUGUCCACCAUCCAGAACGCCGACCGCAUCGCUGUGUUCCAGGGAGGGCUGGUGGUGGAGCAGGGGACACACCAGCAGCUGCUGGCCAGGAAGGGACCUUACCACACGCUGGUCACCACACAGCUGGGCCAUGGGAGAGAUGCAGAGGGCCAGGCCAACCACGGGGUCACUGCCAACGUGGCGUAGCGGCGCCACCUAGCUGUGGUCAUCUGUGGGUGGGUGACCAUGUUGGACACAACUUAGUAUUUCUAUCACCAAAGUACCUGAUAUGCCACAUUAAUCCAUGUCUGAUUGAUAGACAAAUACGCACAUACAUGCUGUUUAACAGUUAAUGACACACUGGAGCAAAGUCAUGCCUAUAACCUUUACUGUACACGCUCAGCAACCAGGCCUUUACUGUGGCCAUUAUUAUUUUGAUUCAUAUAUUUAGUAUGCAAGUUUGUGAUGCAAGUUAUCAAAGGAUAUGUCAUUUUUGUUAAUUGAUUUGAAUGUUUUGUGGCUAUUCAUGCUGCUGGAAGACCCUGUUGUGUCUGACGUCAGGGGACCAGAAGGCCUGUCUUCCUACCUGCAUGUUCUACCAUGUGUCUGGGAGCCUUUCAAGCACUUAGGACAAAGAUUCAAGUUCUGCUUCUACAUUUGCACUGAAACAACUAACCUUAAAUACACAGUAGUUAGUGUGUGAACACAUUAAAGAUUUUCUAUUCAGUCAUG